AUGUCACUCACACAGGCCGCGAAAGGCGACAUGCCGUACCAAGUGCGAUCUCUUUACCGGUCAUUACUCCGACAAAGUCAACAGUUCGCGGCGUACAACUUUCGAGAAUAUGCAAAGCGGCGGACGCGCGAUGCGUUUCGGGAACACAAAGGGGAUACUGAGGAAAGACAAAUACAGGAGUUUAUGCAGAAGGGCCUGAAAGAGCUGCAGAUGUUGAAGAGGCAAACAGUCAUAAGCCAAUUCUAUCAGCUCGAUCGAUUAGUGGUUGAAGGUGGGAAGACGGGAAAGCAGAAGGGGGAUCAUGGUGGCAUAGUGCGGCAGAAGGACACUGGAUGGGACUAG